AUCCUGCGAAAGACAGAAUUGGUACAGGAUUGUUUGAAGAAAUGAAUGCGGAGGAAGUAAAGGUUGGAUGCUUUCAAAUAGUCAUCGUGCUGUUACUUGGCAUCAAUUAUGUCAUCGUUGCAAUGAGCCACGCGCUCCCGGUGUUUCACAAUUAUACGCCUAAAUUUUAUUGUCAGCCAAAGAAUGGAACGAAACGAAUAUAUGGUUGCCAAGAGCUUGGCAACGUGACUGUUGCAGUUAACGAGACUUCCGGUCUUAAAGAAUCUUCGAGUACAGACUUGUGCUUCGGCAAGUAUCAAUUUGCAACUGAAUUCGGAGAAAAUAGCGUAGUAACAGAAUGGAGUUUAGUUUGUGAGAAACGGUAUUUGACGUUUCUUGGACCGGCAGUUUAUUACGUCGGGAUUUUAAUGGGCGCUUGGAUCGCUGGACUUUUAGCAGAUCGAAUAGGAAGACUUCCGGUUCAAGCGAUUUGCCUCUAUACUCAGGGCACGAUGGCUGUUGCACUAUAUGUUGUGCAGAAUUAUCCCACGUUUCUGGCUCUUCGAGGACUACAAGGAGUUUUUGUUCAGGGUCUACAAAAUUCGACGUACAUCCUUUCUUUGGAACUGUUUCCUGUAAAAGCACGGACUUUCGUUGCAUUGGUUAUGCAAAUUGCGUGGGCUAUUGGUUUGAUGCUCUUAGCCGCACUUAGUUACGUUAUACCCGAUUGGAGAAUUUUACAAUUAGCUGUCUCAGUUCCCACUGCUAUAACCGUGCUCUACAUUUGGAUAAUACCAGAAUCACCAAGGUGGCUACUAGCAAAGGGUAAAACCACGGAAGCAGAUAUGGCAGUGGAACGUAUCACGAAAUACAAUGUCUGUUGCACUAGAUCGCGAAGGGAAAAUGUUAAAACAGAGACAAACAUUUCUGAGAACACGACGCCGGUUAAACCGGAACGAAAGUCACGUGUUUCAUGUGCAGACCUAAAGAAAUCGAAAACCGAUAACGAAAUGAAAGAAGAAGCUGCGAAUUUACUAAAUAGCAACACGGAUGCGGCUCAACAAAAAGUUCAAAAAACGAGUUUGAGAGAAAUAUCUGAAUAUUUGGAAAGUAAGCUGCCUAAAACGGAAUCGGAACCGGACUCUGCACAAUGUGAGAACGGAGAAACAAAUAAGAGGAAUGCUCCAUUGAAGUCGAAGAGCCAUCGGAAGUCGAAAUCGAUAUCACAGUCUGCUGGUAAUCAACGACUUUCCAUGAAAAAUACUUACGACAUCAUAGAGCUACGUACCCCAGUAAAAAAAGAAAUGUCAAAUAAGGAUGACGAGAAGAAAUUUAGCAAAAUCAAAGAAAAAUCUAGUAACGCGCAAACGAAAGAAGAAUUGUUGAAACUAUUUAAAUCCACGCUGUUAAAAAAAUAUGGCAUUGUGAUCAUUUAUCAAUGGUUCACGUCUUCUAUAGCGUGUUAUGUCUUCAUGACGCUCGAGCCGAAUCUUUGGGCAAUCAAUAGACAUGUCACUUUUGCGCUAGGAGGAGCGUUAGAAAUUGCAACUUACGCGUUUCUCUACUUCAUAUUGUCUAGAUAUGGCAGACGACUACCGAUGUCCGCGUAUCAAUCAAUUACUGGUGCAAUUUGCAUCUUUUUUGCAGUUAUAAUUAUCUUUUCAAAUUCCACCAUUACAUCCAAUCUCAUGAAGACCAUUAUAUCCUUGAUCGGAAGAGUAGCAGUGAUGAGUACCGUUUCCAUAACAUAUUUGUAUACGAUUGAGAUAUUUCCAACUGUUGUACGAGGAACCUGCUUAGGCUUGUGCACUGUUUUCGCAAAAAUUGGCAGUUUGUGCACGCCAUACAUACUAUCAGGAGAGCAUUUUCCAAUAACCAUUCCAUUAAUAAUAAUUGGAAUGCUCUGCUUAGGAUCUGGAGCAGUUGCUUUAAUUUUACCGGAAACUUUAAGUCAAGUUUUACCUGACGCGAUAGAAGAUUCCGAAUUGUUGACUGUAAAAAGGAGAGAAAAGAAGAAUAAUGAGAAUUUAAAUAAUGAAGAUGCAUCUACUACUGAAGAUGCUUCAGAAAGGGAGAUACUUAGAGCAAAAUUAUUCUCUGAAGAUUGGGUGGAUGCAGGAAAUGGUAUAUUAGUGAAUUUCUCGGAGAAUAAAAAUUCUGAAUGAAAUUUUUAAUGUUUUAUAUAGAAGAAAUUAAUGCCACAUUUUUAUAUUGAUGAGUUAUAACCGACAGUUUGACGAUCAUUAUGAUUAUUGACGUUCUGUUGCAAAAUGUGAUUAUUUUGUAUUAUUUAUCGCAAAGAUUUAUUGUUAAUGAUAUCUUUUAUUGAGUUGGAUUACGUGUAAUUAAGGAUUUAAAAUAAUGAUUUAAUUUAUAAUUAGAAAAUAUUUUAUAUAUGAAUAUAAAUUGCAAGGGUGAAAAAUAAUAUAAUAUUUUUUAUAAAUUUA